AUGAGAGCCUUUGGGAAGACACUCAGCCUCGCACCUCAGCCUUAUCUGAGUUUUGUUCAAUUGCCAAGCAGUCACGUGGAAGGUGACACUAAUCUGGAAUUGGAAGAGGAAGGUGCCAGUCGUGAGCCUGAGGAUGACAUCUCCACCUGCAUCCAGUCACAAUCUCUUCGUCCUUACCUGCAAUGUGUGCGAUCCUCACUGACCGCUGCGCUCUCCCUCUCCAAUUUUGCGUCUCAGGCUUCAGAGCGACACAAUGUUCCAGAAAUAGAAGCAGCCAGCUCUCCAGAAGUCCUUUUGAAUCCCCUCACAGUCGCCCGCAAUGAGAACGAGAAGGUUCUGAUAGAGCCAAGUAUUAACAGCGUCAGAGUCAGCAUAAGAAUCAAACAAGCCGAUGAGAUUGAAAACAUCCUGGUUCACAAAUUUACUCGCUUUUUGACACAAAGAGCCGAAUCUUUCUUUAUUCUGAGACGGAAACCUGUCAAGGGUUAUGACAUCUCUUUCCUGAUCACGAACACCCACACAGAAGAAAUGCUCAAGCACAAGUUGGUGGAUUUCAUUAUUCAGUUCAUGGAGGAAGUCGACAAGGAAAUCUCGGAGAUGAAGCUAUUUUUGAAUGCAAGGGCUCGGUUCGUGGCUGAAUCUUUCUUGACUCCGUUCGACUAG